AUGAAGGCCAUUCUCAGCAAUCGGACUGUCAACAUCCCAACAGAUGUGGAUUUCACUCUGAAGGGACCCACUGUUAUUGUGAAGGGCCCCAGAGGAGCCCUGCGAGGGGACUUCAAUCACAUCAACGUAGAGCUCAGUCUCCUUGGAAAGAAAAAGAAGAGGCGGCGAGCUGACAAAUGGUGGGGAACUAGGAAAGAAUGGGCUCCUGUCCGCACUAUCUGUAGUCACGUACAGAACAUGAUCAAGGGCGUUCCACUAGGCUUCCGCUACCAGAUGAGGUCUGUGUGUGCUCACUUCCCCAUCAAUGUUGUUAUUCAGGAGAAUGGUUCUCUUGUUGAAACCCAAAAUUUCCUGGGUGAAAAAUACAUCCGCAGAGUUCAGAUGAGGCCAGGUGUGGCUUGUUCAGUAUCUCAAGCCCAGAAAGAUGAGUUAGUGCUUGAAGGAAAUGACAUUGAACUUGCAUCAAACUCAGCUGCUUUGAUUCAGCACGCCACAAGAGCUGAAGACAAGGAUAGCAGAAAAGUUUGGGAUGCUUAG